AUGUCUGUGUUCUACUACGAGCCCUUCUACGACAUCGAGCGCUUCCUCGACGACGCGUUCGGCCCCCAGCGCUCGCAGGACGCGCAGCGCCGCCUCGCGCAGGGCAACCAGGGCCAGGUCGCCCACCAGAACGACGCGCCGCGCGCCAUCAAGCCUAGGAUGGACCUCCACGAGGACGCGGAGAAGAACGUCGUCACCGCGACGUUCGAGUUUCCCGGCGUGAAGAAGGAGGACGUGCAGGUGGACGUGCACAACGGCCGCCUGACGGUCGGCGCGGAGACGAAGCUCGCGGAGGACCGCGAGGAGAACGGCUACGCGGUGCGCGAGCGCCGCUACGGCAAGUGGUCGCGCACGUUGCAGCUGCCCACUGGUGUCAAGGAGGAGGACAUCAAGGCCUCGAUGGAGAACGGUGUCCUGACGGUGACGUUCCCGAAGACGUCGCCUCAGGAGGCGCCGAAGAAGAUCGCCGUUGCGUAA